CUUCACUGCAGCUUGUUUCAGACCUUUGAAUCCAAAGGGUUUUUUUUUUUUUUUUUUUUUUUUUCCCUUUCCUUUCCUUUCCCUUUCCUUUUCAAUGGCCUUUUUGCGCGCUUCGCUGGCCUCGUGCUCGCUCAUGGCGAUUGGCGACACUGGCAUCCAACUCGCCCAAAUCUACCUGCAGAGCAGCGGCUCCACGACUGCUCCUGACAGUGCUGCCAGUGCUGAAGCGAAGGAUCGACCGCGUGGUCAGCCAGCCGCGACCGCUGUGCCGCCGCCGCCACCACACCCGCCGCUCAGCACGCCGCCGUACGUCGUCGCGUUGGGAAGCACUGGGCUCGAGCUGCCGCCGCGGAUCCUGGCAGAGCUCCCGCCGUCGCUCGCUGGGCUCCUGCCGGACGGAUUUGACGGAGCGCGCACGCUUCGGUUUGCCACCCUCGGCGCAGUCUUGCAUGGACCGUUCUUCUUUUACGGAUUCCGACAGCUCGAUCGCAUCUACGGUCCGGCAAAGACCCUGGCGGUCGCGGCAAAGAAGGCGGCCACGGGCCACUUGACGCUCUUCCCGGUCUUUGUCACAACCUUCUUCACGGGCAUGUGCAUGCUCGAGCGACGAUCGCCAGAGUCUAUCGAGCACAAAAUGUCCGAGGUGGUCCCGCGAACCCUCAUGCUUGGCACGCUCUUCUGGCCAGCCGCGAACAUGAUCAACUUUACGCUUGUUCCUCUCAAGUACCGCUUUGUCGCCCUCAACAUGUUUGGCAUCUUCUGGAACAGCGUCCUCAGUGUCAUCAAUUCCAGCGCGGCUGCACCCUUGUCUGUUCACGCCGCCGCCGAAGCUUCUGCUCUUGUUAAUACUCCCGUCGCCUAAGAAAACCAAAAAGAAGAAAAAGAAACCCUUUCAAAGCAGCCGCGCGUCGUGUCGUCAAGCUUGGGAGUCCUGUUGAUAAUCGUUAAUGCAAACCACCCAUUGUUAUGAAACCAUAUGUAUACAUUUAUAUUUGUACAAAGAUCAACAAAUUAUUCAAACUGAA